GUGGGGGGUUUUUUCAUGUUUUUUUUUCUUUCACACUUUAUAGAAACGGAAGCUCCAGUUAAGCCCAGAGCAAUGUAGCAACUUUUACGCAGACCAAUAUGGGAAAGUGUUUUUUCCAAAUUUAACAGCCUACAUGAGUUCUGGACCUUUAGUUGCUAUGGUUCUUGCCAGACAUUGCGCAGUCUCAUACUGGAAGGAAUUGCUUGGACCAUCAAACAGCAUAAAGGCUAGGAGAACUCACCCGCACAGCUUAAGAGCUAUCUAUGGGACUGAUGAUCUGAGGAAUGCGCUUCACGGAAGUCUCAGCAUUUCCUCAGCAGAAAGAGAAAUUCGAUUCAUGUUUCCAGAAGUGAUCUUGGAGCCAGUUCCAGUGGGACAAAGAGCUAGGGAUUACCUGAACCUUUAUGUAAAGCCUACGUUACUGGCUGGGCUCACUGCACUGUGUAAAGAGAAGCCAGCCGAUCCAAUGACUUGGCUUGCCGACUGGCUGAUUGAACACAAUCCUAAUAAACCUAGGCUGCAGUAUCAGAUCGCUGAAGAAGAGCAUCAGGGGUGA